AUGGGAUACCCGGUCGUUCGUUUGGCACUUACCGUCCUGGUGGUGCUCAUUGCGCAACGGAAACUAGCUGCGCAAUCACGCAGAAGAGACCGUCGCCUUGCCCCAACAGAUGAGCGCGUUCUCAUCCUGGGGGCUUCCAGCGGCGUUGGUCGCGCCGUUGCUAAGCAGUAUGCAGCCCGCGGAGCUCGCAUCUGCGUGGUCGCGCGACGUGCUGAAGAAAUCGCCACCCUGGCCACGGAGUGUGGAGAAAAGUGCAUGUGGCAUGUCGCAGACUUCAGUAAGGUCGACGACCUGGUCAGCCUGAGAGAUCGGCUUGAGAACGAGUGGCAAGGCAUAGACACUCUACACAUUUGCGCAGGCGUUUCAGCGCUUCAGCCCGUCAUGGCCUUGACUGGAAAUAAAUCUGCGGAAGAGGAUGCAGAUGCCGCGGGAAUCCAAAAGGCUGUCGACAUCGCCGGGCGUGCUGUCAAGGGAAACUUCGAUGGACCGCUGGCCUCCGCAUUGACAUUUAUUCCUAUGCUGACGAGAACGUCGAAAUCCCCAUCGAUUCUCUUGGUCUCUUCAGUUGCCGCAAUCAUACCCGCACCGACUAGGGCGCUUUACGCAGCUACCAAAGCUUCCUCUCUGUUGCUCUUUCAGUCCUUGGCCAUUGAGCACCCCAAGAUUGCAUUCACCUUCAUACUCCCAGCAACCAUUGAAGGGAACUUCCGAGCAUCUGCGGUAGACUCCGGCCCCGUGAGAGAAGAUGAUCCAAAUAAACACGGCCUAAAGAUCCAAGACGUGGCUGAGAGGUGCAUCGAUGCCGUCGAUCGUGGCAUCACAGGCAACGUUGUGCUGCCAAAGUUUCCGUACGCCAUCGCGCAGUACCUAUAUCAAAUUUGGCCUGCUUUUAUUGAGAAUCGGGCCCGCAAGAAGUAUAAUUUCCAGGCAUAG